UAGCAGCACAAAGUAAAUAAUGGAGCUCUCGGUGUUCUUUGUUAUUUGGUUUGGUAUAUUCUCUACAGAAGUAUGUUGUUUUCCCGGCAACCGAAUUGAGGAAAGGCUUAGUUACGUAGAACAUAUUGUAGAGGACAUAAGAAGAGAACUUAAUACUGAAGCUGACUUCAGACGAGAGGAUAUCGCAACUUUGUAUGCCAAAUUGGCAGGGUCUUUUGGACUCGGUGCAAAAUUUCUCGAUGGACGUCUUUUCGGUAAUAGAAAUAGUCGAAUGCAUUUUUCUGAUGAUAUUUCAACAACGAACGACCAACUAAAUAAUUCUAUGACACAGUUCAGAGAAGAAGCGGUAAAAAUAAAAGACCAAUUACUGCUGGAAAUAAAACACAUGGAGGACAUUUAUAAUCAAAAGAUAUUGUCACAAUCGGAGGAAAAAGCACCUGAUUUCAGGAAAUCAAGUCUGAAAGUGAAGUCUUUGAUUCAGAGUAUGAACACAUCUUUGGACAAUUUCACAUCUCAUGUAAUGAAUUAUACAAGUACGUUUCAGAAUUUUUUCGACACAUUUGCUGAGUCUCACGAAAAUACAGACAAGACAAGGACGAAGCGACCUACAUCUUGUAAAGAUGUUGCUGAGAGCGGGAUUCACACGAUAUAUCACGACUUUAAGCCCUCAGGCAUUGCUGUAUAUUGCGAGAUCAAUGACAACAAGGAUUGGAUUGUAAUUCAGCGACGCAAAUAUGGAACGGUUGAUUUUGAACGGUCUUGGGACGAAUACAAGGCAGGAUUUGGUGAUAUAAAUGGUGACUUCUGGCUGGGUAACGAGUAUAUCUACCAACUAACUAAAUUUCAAUCGCGUCAGUUGCGCAUAGACAUGGAGACAUUUGAAGGGAAGAAGGUUUGUGCGAUGUAUAACGAGUUUGGUGUUUCGUCAGAGGCUGGCAAAUUUACCCUGAAGGUUGGAGGAUACAGUGGAGAUGCUGGUGAUCAGUUAGCGUAUCACAAUGGACAGAUGUUUUCGACAUACGAUGCAGACAAUGAUAAAAAUAGUGGCUGUUGUGCUUGCGGUAAUGAGGGUGGCUGGUGGUAUAAUAACUGUUGGUAUUCUCGGUUGAACGGAAAAUACUACUACAAGCAUGAGAUAUCAACUUCAGGUGGAAUACACUGGAACGGUUUGUCAGGCACACUGAAAUACGUAGAAAUAAAAAUACACUAAAUCGUGGUACUCAUAAUGUGUUUUUGUUUGUUGUAUUAAUACAUGUUUAAAAACAUUUCAUUGAUUAACCGCAACAGCUGUAGAUUUUGAUCUAACAUGUGUGUUGCAUGCUAGACUUUGAGCGGUUUCUUGACAAAGCUUUGAUUAUGUGUGUUGUGCCUUCAAUGACGAGGUGAUAGUAUGUUCAAUAAUGUCACAAUAUCUCAGAUGACUAAAACUACAUGUACAUGAGUGAUAAAGUAAUAUUUAAGUACAUGAUCAUUUUAUAACUGUAUAAAAUAUAUUAUACACUGAAUAUUGUCUUCAUAUAUACGUACAAUUCUUAGUAUAACAUUGGAAAUUUCAUAGUAUGUGUCAUGUCAUUGAAAUGUUCGGAAUAUUAUUAUUGGAAACACUGAAUGAUUAUUAUAGUUGAUACAUAAUAAAUGUAACGUCUU